UUUUCCAUUUUUUAUGUAAGCAAACAAUUUACUAACAUUACUAUAAUUCAUAGCAUCUGCCUCUGCGCAACUGCGCACUCUUAUGAGAUAUUUGAAAUAGGCUCACCAUUGGCCACUAUACGAGAUGGGUACGGCUGGAUCAUCGAUGGACACUUUAAGCUCAUUCACGUUAUAGAUCUAGAGCGUUAUGACUUGACAACGAAUCAACUGGAACAUUUACUAACCAACCUCAAUGAAACAACAACAACCACAGAAGUACUGCUGUUCCAACUAAACAGAAUUCGCACACACUUGGAUGAACUGAGAGGGCACAAACUUGCGAGAUCGAAGCGAUCCAUCGAUUGGAUAGGGUCUGCCUGGAAAUGGAUAGCUGGUUCACCAGAUGCGCUCGACUGGGAUAAGGUCCUUAACAACGAAAACUCCCUUAACCAAAAUAGUAACAGGCAAUACAAGCUAAACAGCGUUGUGACGAUCACAAAUGACGUCGUCGAUCGAAGAACCAGGGAAAGGCUCGAGCAGGAUGUCCAAAACAAGAUAGCUAUUCUGAAGGAAGACGUGAACGAGCUGAUACGCGCCUGCCAAAUGGCUACGGCUGGCAUCGUCAAUAGCAAUCUCUUAAGCAAGGAAGAAGUUAACCAGCUUGUUGGCGAGAUUGACAUCCUUCCAUACAGUAAUGCCAUUGAAGCCAUCGAGUAUAGCAAACCUUCGAUCUACACCAACAACACGCUAUUGCUGUACGUGUUAUCUCUGCCUAAGGUCACGGAGGAAAGAUUCAACCACCUUAUCACACGAGCUAAUGUCCAGAAGGGCCAUCGGAUAGAAUUGGCGUACAAAACUAUCCUUAUAAGCAAACAGGAGACGUUUGGCAUAAGGGGAGACUGUUUGCACUUAUCCUCAGCAAUGGUAUGUGAAAAGAAAUCCUUGGACCUGCUACCGGAGGCUGGUUGUUUGGCUCGUCUCCUCAAGGGCGGAGAAACAAGUUGUCCUUACUUGACAAGCAACGCAUCUACCGUCGAAGUAAUCAAAGAUGAUACUAUUUUCCUGAACAAUUUCGUUGGCAACAUAAGUUCAGGUAAAACCACUACUAAUCUUAACGGUUCCUAUAUUCUCCGUGUAGACAACGAGACGGUAGUAAUCAACAACCAAACAUACUCAAGCAUUACCACCUCAGGAGUUCAGGUGCUCCCACCAAUCCUAACUAGCGUCACGAACCGCACAAUGGCUAUAAACCUCGAUUUGGUACAUGGAAUGGCAAUUGACAACUUGCAAAUAUUGAAGCACCUUAAAUCUGAGACGAAUUGGUUCAUAUUAUCCGAGGGAUCGGGACUACUGUUACUUAUGGUGAUAAUUUGGUUUAUCUGGAGGAAGCUCACAGCAAGGAUCCACUUACCCGAAAUAAAAAUCGAGAACCAACUUAGUCGAAGGAUCGAGAAACGUCCUUCGUCACCUAAUCUGCGGGACGCAGAUAUUUGA